AUGCAGCCGAACCACAAGCCGCGCCGCGUGCGCUGCAUGGCGUGUGACGGCUGCCGGCUGCUCUCGGACUGUGGCGAGUGCAGAGAGUGCCAGGACAAGCUCCCUUUUGGCGGGACUGGCAAGCGAAAAAAGCUUUGCCGCGCGCGAAUUUGCCGGCGCCUCUACCGCGACCGUGAGGAGGAAAGGGAAGACACGGCGGGGGCCUACAAGCGGCCGUUUGCUCUCAUCUCUGGCCACCCGCCGCUGUUUGCCUCCUCGCAUGCCAUACCGGGAGCUCUGAUGCAACCGGGGCUUUUCCCCGCCGCGCUGACGCCCGGGAGUGGUGGGCUCAUGCCUGGCCCCUUGCCGCUCGCGUCGCUCCUCCCCGCGCGGGUGAAGGUGGAGCUGCGGGGGCAGCUGGAGCAGCAGCUGCUGCAGGUCCAGCCGCUGGCGGGGAGGGCGCUCCCCGCCCCGGUGAGGCCCCGGUCGACUACGCCACUACGGCCUCAGCCCACCGCCCCUUCAGCAGAGACUACGCCCCUGCGGCCGCAGCCCACCGCCCCGUCAGCAGACGAGGGGGGGACAGAGCCAGCUGCUGCGUGCGCGGCGGCUGCCUCCGCCUCCGGGGCGAGGGUGGACAGCGAGGGGGAUAUCGCCGGCGGGGACGAGGCGCUUGCUGCGCUCGUCCUGACCGGGCUUGCCGAGUCAGAGGUGCUGCACUCGGCGCCACCGUCGCCUCCGGAGGGGGGUCCGGAGGAGGGGGGCGGCAAGGGCGCCGCUUGGUUGCUCCUCCCGUCGCACCUCCCGUCGCUCCCCCUUUCGCUCUCCUGGUCGCCGGUCGCAAUCAGCCUCACGCUCGCCAUCGCCCUCGUCGCCGGCAACGUACCAGGAUUUGGCAGCUUGGGGCAAGCUGGGGCAGGGCAGCUCCUGGCGCCAAAGUCGCUCGGCGUGGGCAUCACGCUGCUCUACGCGUCCGUGCUCUGCAGGCACGGGCGCGUGCAGGCGGCCCGAUUGUGGGUCGCCGGCGGGGUCGCGCACGAGCUCAUCGUGGUCAUCCUGCUCGGCGCGAUGAGGCCGCAACAUGUGCUCCUCGCGAGGCUGACCUCCAUCCGGCACUCCACCCCCGUCGCCGCGUGCGCCUUCCUCGCCGGCCUGCUGACCGGCGUGCAGCCAAUGGCGCCCUCCGACGUGUGGAGGACCACAGUCUUGCUCGCGCUGCUGCGGCUCGCCGGCCUCGCGAUCUGGGCGACCCGACUCGGGGACUGGCCUCUGGCCGCCGGCUGCUGGGACGCGGAAGCCCACCUGGAUGCGGAGGUCGGCGGCGUCCCGCCUGCAGGGGCUCCGACCGCCGUCCAAGUGUGCGCCUCCUUCGCGGCCGAGCUCUACACCGACCCUGCCUUCCUCUUCCUGGUCGCAGGCUUCGCGCUGCUGGUCGUUGCCAACCUGGCGCGGGCUUCGCCUCGCUUUGUGGCGCGCGCGACGACGAUGCUUGUCGUCUGUGGCCCGACUCUGCGGCUUGUCCAAGCCCUGGUCUGCUCGCCGGCAGAGCUGGCCCGUGACGUGGACAGCUUGGCAGAAGGAAGGCUGGGCUUCCUCACGGUCUGCGUUGCGGGCGGCGCGACCUUUGGCGUGCAGCCGCUGCCUACCACCCGCAAGCUACUCGCCGCGGGGUACCUGGCUUGCGCGGUGGCGUGCAGUACUGUGGUUUUCCGCAUCCGGACGGGCGACGAUCGCAUGCCCUCCCUUGAGCUGCUGCACGGCUUCCUCCCCUUCCUCGCGUCUUUCCUCGCGGCCUUGGCUGUCUCGGGCCCCACCCUCCGGCAAGACGAUAGCUCCGCCCCACUGCCGCUUUCGCCGCCGACGCCGCCGCUCUCUGCGCCGGCAGCUUGUUCCGCCGGGGCUCUCGCGAGGGCGCCAGAGGUCGUGCGCGCGAUGCUCAAGGAGAAGGCCUUCCCGCUGCAGCGGAUCUGGGAGGUCCUUUCGUGGGGCCCGAAGGCUCGCCGGCUCUGGCGGCAGCCCCGGGCCGCGAGACGGCACGGCUUGCCUCGUGAUGCGCUCUCGGGCGCGAAAUGGGCUGGUUUGCCCUGGGGAGCGGUGCACGCUGCUCGCGGCCCGCGGCUAGUAGCUUCCCAUAGGCUCUUUGCGCGCCUGCUCGCAUUCCCAGUGGGGUGACUCGCGCUGUACUAGAGAUACGGUAUCCCUGAGAGCGCAGGGGGUGUCAUGAGAUCGUUCGGCUGAUUGUGAUUUGUUGGAGAGAGCGCCGCGUGCCCGCGAGAGGCUGUAGGCAGAGUAGGCGCCAAUUGGUAGGCGCUCGCUCGCGCGGCGGGUUGCUCACGUCUCUCUCAGCCGGUCUCGCGCUCUCGGCGUGGGUCUCUGUCGUGUUCACUCUCCUGUUCGAUGACACAUGAGUUGUUAAACUUGGCGGUUAGC